AUGGAAAAGUUCUACAAAGAAAAAGAAGGAAAACCAGAAAACGAGGGAACUGCAGAGGAUGAAGGGAGUACAGAAGACGAAGGAAAUGCAGAUGAGGAAAGGUCUAAUACCAAGGGGAAGCCAGCAAGCCAGGGCCUGCAGGAGGGCGAGGGAGAGGCAGAGGAUGGAAGGCACCCCCAGAAUAAGGACAAGUCAGGAAAGCAGGGAAAGUCGUCGGAAGAUGAGGACCAGCCACCAGGUGAGGGCAAGCCACCAGGUGAGGGCAAGGCAGAGCCCCAGGCCAAGGCAGUCAGCGAGGCUCGCGCCGCCGAAAAGCGUCCGGCUGAAGAUUAUGUGCCCCGGAAAGCCAAGAGAAAAACGGAUCGCGGGACGGAUGACUCCCCCAAGGACUCUCGGGAGGACUUACAGGACAGGCAUCUGAGCAGUGAGGAGAUGAGAGAGUGUGCAGAUAUGUCCAGGGCUCAGGAAGAGCUAAGGAAAAAACAGAAAAUGGGAGGGUGUCACUGGAUGCAAAGAGAUGCACAAGAUGCAUUCUCCCCAAGGGGCCAGCGGGGUGUCAGGGGAGUGAGGGGCGGAGGAAGGGGCCAGAAGGAUUUAGAAGAUAUCCCGUUUGUUUAA